AUGAACAAGUGGCAAGUGCUUUUGACGAUCUUGAGUGCAGUGUGAAAUGCUUCAAACAGUUGUGUGGCGAAAAAAUGAUAUUUUCCAUGCAACGCUCAUUUCUGUACUCUGUUGUUAAUUGCGCUGCGAGUGAGAAUCGCUGCUUCUGCUGGCAAGAUGAGGCGAGCAAGUGGGCGAGUCGUGUUCGUUUUUGUCGAAAAUGUGUACAAAAAUAAACAAAUGUCAAUACGUAAAUAAAAGUGCACCGAUUGCGAUUUAAGCCGAAAAAGCAAUGCAUACUAAAGUGUGAAACAUAAUAAAUACGUGAACAAUUCCAAUAUACGUAUGUAUGUAUGUAAGUAUACAUAUGCACUAAUACCAAAACCACUAGCAAGACACACAUACACGGCAGGCUUCGUUGUCCUUGUUCUUGUCGGUGCUUGUACCAUUCGUACGCUCGUGUGAUCCUUCGUUGUCGUUCGCAGCGGCAGCUGCAGCUGUGCCGCCUGCCACCGCUGGGUUGUGUUCAAGUUGCACAUAAAAAAAACGUUCACACACACAUUUGUGUCAAGCCGUCAAGUCCUUUAUUUCUUGCUGCUUGCACUGAAUGCCGUUAUCGUCGUUACCAUCGUCGCAUUCAUUGUUUUGCUGUGCCCGUUCGUUUACUAGCUCGUGCGUCCUUGGGCGUGAGUUGUUGUUACUGUUGCUCCUACUAUUCACUUCGUAGCGUACGUAAACCAAAAUUAAAAUGCCGCCAGCAUUGAUUGGUAUCUCCGAGUUUGUGGAGGAGACGCGCGAUGAUUACAACUCACCGACUACAUCGACAUUUGCAUCGCGCAUGCCGGAUUGCCGUCAAACUAUUGGAAUUUUGGAAGAGCGCCUGGAGUUCGAUCGCGAGGGAUUAACCAAGCUAAAGAAGGCCGUUAAAGCCAUACACAAUUCUGGAAAUACACAUGUUGAUAAUGAAAUGUUUCUGGUGCGAGCUCUGGAGCGAUUGGGUGGCAAGGUAAUUGAUCAAGAUGAGCCUGACAUUGGUGCAGCUUUUCUCAAAUUCUCCGUGGUCACCAAGGAGCUCAGCGCCCUCAUGAAAACGCUGAUGCAGAAUAUCAAUAACAUUGUCAUGUUUCCGGUGGACUCAAUGCUCAAAAGCGAACUGCGUGGCGUUAAGGGUGACAUGAAGAGGCCCUUCGAUAAGGCAGCCAAGGACUAUGAGGCUAAGUUCAUUAAAAUAGAGAAGGAGAAAAAAGCUCAGGCCAAGGAAGCGGGGAUGGUACGCACCGAAAUCGACGCCGCAGUUGUCGCUGAUGAAAUGGAGAAAGAGCGUCGCCUUUAUCAGCUGCAGACUUGUGAGUAUUUGCUGAAAUACAAAGAAAUCAAAACAAAAACUGGCAUCGAGUUACUGCAGCAUUUCAUCGAGUAUUAUCACGCGCUCAAUAAUUACUUCAAAGAUGGUCUACAAACCAUCGAGCACUUUGGCACGUACAUUGGCGAUCUAAGUGAAAAGCUGCAUGUAAUUAAACAGAAACAGGAUGAAGAUCGUCGUAGUCUGCACGAUCUGCGAACGCUGCUGCGCAGUACACCGGAUUUUGAGCGCGUUGACAAUGCAGCGGCGACAGCAUCGUCGGAAAAUCGCGGAGCCAGCAACACAGGCUACUCACUGCAUCAGCUGCAGGGAGAUAAACACCAUGGUGUUACUCGGCAAGGUCACUUACUAAAAAAGAGCGAAGGAAAGGUCCGUCGUGUAUGGCAAAAGCGGCGAUGCCGUGUUACGAGUGAUGGUUUUUUGGACAUCUUUCAUGCGGACGAAUCGAAGCCACCGACACGCGUGAAUCUAUUGACUUGUCAAAUCAAACCGGUGCCGGAUGACAAGCGCGGCUUCGAUCUUAUUAGCUAUAACAGGCCGUACCACUUUCAAGCAGAGGAUGAGGUGGAUCAAAAGGCCUGGAUGGCCGUGCUGGUCAAUUGCAAAGAGAAGGCACUUACAAAGGCGUUUCAGCAUGCGAAUCCGCAAAUGAGCCCCAGUUUGGUGGAGCUUCAAAAGACUGUGAUCAGAUACGUCCAGUUGCUGCCGGGCAACGAUCGGUGCUGCGACUGUGGCUCACGCAAUGAUGUUACCUGGAUAAGCCUGAACUUUGGAAUACUCGUGUGCAUACAGUGCUCGGGCGUGCAUCGUGAUUUGGGCGUGCAUCACUCACGCAUACAGAGCCUCACGUUGGAUAACCUUACUACCGCAAAUCUUCUGAUAGCGCGUGCCAUGGGCAAUAGUACGCUUAACGAUAUAAUGGAGGCGACGCUAGGAAGGGGAAAACUAACACAUGAGAGUAGCAUGGAGGAUCGAUACGACUUUAUACGCGCUAAAUAUGUGGCCAAACGUUAUGUAAUGCGUACCUGUUCCGAUGACAAUGACCUGCGUUGCGAUCUGGAACAGGCCAUUGUCAACGCGGAUAUGAGCCAGCUGUUGCAGGUCUGGGCCGAGGGCGCUGAUCUCACCUGUUGUCUGCCCUCUUCAGAUGCGGGCGAAACGGCAUUGCAUCUAGCUGUGCUGCGUGAGAUGGGCUCGACGUUGCACAUUGUCGACUUUCUCAUACAGAACAUGCCGCCUAAGGGCUUAAACAAGGCCACAAAUCCGCCCGGUGUCCUAGAUGUUACAGGAAAGAACACGGCUCUGCACUUGUGUGCGCUGCACGAUCGACGAGAGUGCAUGAAGCUGCUAUUACGCUCAGGUGCCGACUACGAGUUAAGAAAUUCACAAAAUAAAACAGCGCUCGACAUUGCCAAAGAGAUGGGACACAAUGGCUGUAAAGAGCUGAUUGAAUGUGCCAUAAAACGAGAGAAGAGCGCCUUUGAUCAUAUUAAUACAGAUUGGAAUCUUCCUAACGAGGAUGGGUCCACUGACUUUUCUGACGACGAUACUGUUAUUGAUGAGCGCAAAUCUCGUUCACGUCCGCCCAGUUUUGCUGGUGGUGACUCGCCCGUGCUGCGCUCACGAUCGUCCACGUGUGAUUCCAUACAGUCUAGUUCUAGUCCAAUUGCCAACUGUCCGAGUCGUCAAUUCACGCUUCCGUCCGGCCUACCCACCUACACGCAAUCCGCAGGCACCUCACCCAAGCAACACAUCACCGUUGGGCAGUACCUGGGCAGCGGAGGCAACGGUGGCAACGGCAAUGGCGGCGGUGGCGGUGGCGGUGGCUCCAGUCCUAGUUCGGCGUCCAGUCAGAGUGUGCGUGCGGCUCGGAAUAGCAUGAACAUGAACGUGCAGAAUGAACUGGCACACAUAACUGGAGCACGGAAAUCCACAUCAACGGCUAACAUGAACUCGCUAAAGAAACGUACAGCGCCGGCGCCACCGCCAGGCACAGUAAGCAAUGCGGCCUCCAGUUCAUUUUAUGGCACACUGCCGCACCCGCCAAGGCACUCGCAGAAUUUUGAUGCCAAUGACAUACGUGCUAUUAAUCACAAGAACCAAUCGUUGGACGUGGCUUAUGGUACAUUACCACAUCUGCGCUCUGUGGAGAGCAGUCCGCGGAUUUCAGGUGGGGGCGGAAGCUUUGGCUAUGACCGAUACGAUAAGUCUGCUGUCUGUCAGGAUCCCGGAGGCACAGGCAAUGGAAGCAAUAGCAAUCUUAUGCCAACAAUGACAACUUUUGGUCACAAGCGCUCUCCUAGUGGCGAGUCGCUUAAUCGUAAUAUUCAUUUGGCCGGUGCCAAGUUAGUAUUGCCUCCAACAGGGGAGCUCCCCACGCUGAAGCAUGUGGAUAAGUCGGCAUUGACUCGACCCAAAAUACCACCACCAGGACCUCCAGCAGAACGAGAAAUAUCCAAUGGUCAAUCGAAUGAGAGCAUCAGUUCCAUGGAUGAAGGUCCCAUAGCGCCGCCGCGCAAACGUAAGAACCAAAACUUGUUAAGAAUAGCGCAGUCCAGCGAGGAAACGCUCAUGAAUUUCACGCACUACGAUUCCUGGCAGACGGAUAUUGAUUCUUCUGGCGGAGGGCUGGAUCAUUCUGUUUCAUCGAGCGACAAUGACCGACUUAACUCGUCUCCUGAUAAUCAAGCGAAAAGCGGACUGGGAACAGCUACCAAAUUUCACCAUAAUGCUCAACGGCGCUGUCGCGCUCUUUACGAUUGCAUAGCCGAUAACGAUGAUGAACUGGAGUUUAAGGAGGGCGAAAUACUAAUCGUGCUUAAUGAACGCACAGAUGAUGAGAACUGGAUGGAGGGCAUUAUAGAGGGUCAGCCAGCGCGACGUGGCAUGUUUCCUGUUAGCUUUGUGCAUAUGCUCCCCGACUAAAUGUAAAUGCAACUCUUAAGAAAUUUGAGUGUUUUUCAAUCGUAAUAUUAAAUAGGAGAGAUGGUUUAUUUAUUACAUCUUUAUAACACAAGUUUAAGAGUACACUGCAUUCUCCUUCAGUGCAGCAAUUGAUUUACUCAGUUUAAAUCGUCUAUGAAAAUAGAGCAGACGGCACAGAUGCAUACAAAAUAAAUGCUUAACGUCUCAAGUAUAUCAAACUCAUUAGCAUUUCAUUUUAAAAGCAACCAAAACUAUUAAAUUAAAUUUCCUAUAUAUUUUUUAAUUGAUAAUUCAUAUUUCUACAUUUAUUUAAACCUAAUAUAUAUUGAUUGAGCUACAUAUGUAUAAGUAGACGCUGCUAUGAAUUGCUUUUAAAACUCAAAAUAUCCUGCAAUUGUGUUAUAAUGUGUAACUAGCUACCAUAUUUACCUAAUUUGCUAGCCUAACCAACAUCACGCUGUGUGUAAAAGUUACUCCUUCUGUAAAAAAAAAAAUCAAAUGAAAUUAUGUAAUGAUAUAUGCUUAACUAUACGCUGCCAUAUAUUAACAAGAAUAGCCGACCUGGUCUGGCGUUUUAAGUUACAUAAAAUAUGUAAUACUGUUGAUGGAUUUAAAUGAAAGUUUAUAAAACAA